GAAGAACCAUGUUGAGCGGCGCCAGGCAAUAGCUUAUUGACAUUUACAUUGCAAAUUUUCCCGUCUCUCAAAUUCUCACUCAAAACCCAUAUAAAGUAUAGAUCCAGAGGCCUUAACAGCUUAAUCAUGAGCUCUGCCUCUCGUUCUUCUCCAAGAGAAGCCGAAUCAAACGGACUGAUUGCGGUGGCGCCAUAACGUUGAAGGAGUGGCAAGGAUGGGGCUGCGUAUCUCCAGUGCCGGAAAUGGUGAACUCCGUCAUUAAGGAAUUGAAACUUUUGGAGAACAAUAUUGAUGCCCAAAUGGUUUUUGGCGGUAAUGGCGGCAAAUUACAGGGGGAUUUUAAAGUCCAAGAGGAUAAGAAGCAUAGGGCUAAAUAUUAGACUUUGGGUGACUCAGCAAGAAGUUCCAGUUCUUUUCGGCUCGACAAAUAGCAUGCCUGUUGCUUGGAAGUUGGGGCUACCUAUGCCAGAAGGAAAAGACAAGGUUUGGUGCCUUUAUCCAAAUCAAAACACAGUGCCAAAGACAUUUCAGGAUGCCUUUAGCUGUCAAUCUUCAGCAGAUAUGAAAUGUGCAUACUCGUCGACAAAUAAUGAUAGGCCUCUGAAUUUUGUUCUGAUUGAUGGUACGUGGAGCAAUUCUGCAGCAAUGUUCAGGCGUCUCAAGAGUAGACCUCAACCAUCAUGGGACCGUACUUGUACGGCGGCGGCGGCUAUCGGUGUUCUUUCUGAGCUGCAGCUUCUUCCAGAGUGUAGCAUCCAUGGAUUGGAUAAACAGGCUGAUGCAGUCGAAGAUGCUUUAGUUGUUUUGCUAGAAGCACUGACAACUCGACGCCUGCGGAUGGGCAGGUCCAUCACUCGUAAAGUAAGACACUCUAGGGACAUUUGUUGA